UCCUGAUCCACCUCCACCAUCUAAAUAUUUAACAGACAACUGUCCCAGUUUUGCAAUUGUCUGACAGCUGUUCAAGGAAGAUGGAGCGACAGCUGCUUUUACUGGCCUUGUUCUGCAUCAGUCAUGCUGCAUUCCACAAUCUUUCAGAGAAGGUUUUUACCUUCCCGCUGGACAGUGGAACGGCUAAUGUGAAGUUCACUGCCAAUGUAGAGCAGCCCAUGACAGCUUUGACUGUAUGCAUGAGAUUUCAUUCUACAAAGACCAGAGCCCAGUCUCUGUUCUCUCUGGCAAUCCCAUCUGAGUCCAACGCAUUCCUCCUCUAUAAGCCCUCUGUUGGUGUGUACAGGCUGCAUGUCAAAGGAGCGGCUCUCGAUAUCAACGGGUUGCCCGAUGAAACGGGGGAGUGGAACUCUGUUUGCUGGACCUGGGACUCCACUGAUGGCUUGACAACACUUUGGGUCAAUGGCAAGCGUAGUGCUCGGAAAAUUCUGGGGCGUGCAGCCACUUUCACCGGUUCCCCCAGUAUAAUUUUAGGUCAAGAUCAAGACUCCUAUGGUGGAGGCUUUGACCCGAAUCAGUCCUUCUCAGGGGACAUCACAGAUGUCCAUCUCUGGAACCGGGUCAUCUCUCCUUGUGAAAUUAGGUUUUUUAUGGAGGGUAACGCCUUCACUCCCGGAAACAUCCUAAACUGGAAUAACCUGCAGUACACCAUCAGUGGCACUGUGCACGUGGAGAAGAGUGACUUUGAUAAACUGUCAUGCUAUUAGUUUAGUGAGACAACACAACAGCCUGCUGCAGGCAUCCAGAGCUAACCAAGUAACGCAUCAUCAAAGACACGUGGCUUAUGCAGGAUUUUAAACAGAUCUGUGAGUCGACUGGAUUUGGCCUUGAAGACUAAUCUCACUAAAUAAAAUCUGUCAGUAACUUG